AACUCAACCAUAAAUUUCCAAAUUGACGUAUCAACCAGAUCUCUCUCCGACACUCAUGUCGUAAGGUCAUUCGUUUUUAACAUCAUUUAGACGAUACUCGAAAUUCAGAGAACUUUAAAAAGAAGAAAAACCAACCGAAAACCAUGGUGGAGUUUGCCUUUGAUCUUAGCGAGCUUUUUACGCAACCCAUUAUUUGCAUUAAGCCGCAUCAUUUGCAACCCGAGGCACCCGACUGUCAACUAAGUCAUAUCCUCAACUUGAUGGGACAGCAUUCGGCAAAUGCCCAAGGAUUGCGACAACCGGUGACCAUUGCUAGCAAACUUGCUGGUGAUCAAUUGGUUUAUCUGAUAACCGAUCGGGAAUCUGGUCGAAUUGCCGUCACUGGAUUGCUCAAGGUGGGCACCAAGGAUCUCUUUUUAUAUGAUGAAAAAGGUGUUAUUCAGCACUGUGAUCGAACACCAGCAAUUCUUGACUUUUAUGUUCAUGAGAGUCGUCAGCGUCGUGGUCAGGGUAAGCGUCUAUUCGAUCGAAUGUUAGCGGAUCAGGGCUGGAAGGCUUGUCAAUUAUCCGUGGAUCGACCCUCGCACAAUAUGAAAGCAUUCCUGGGCAAGCAUUAUGGUUUGCUGCGUCCCAUACCACAGGCCAAUAAUUUUGUUCUCUAUGAGGGUUUCUUCGAUGCCAAAGUACCGAAGCGUGGUCGUGAGAAACCACAAAUUAUGCAACACAAGGACAUCCAAUCGGGAUACAAGCAGGGAAAUGGAUUUGUUCAGAAUCAGAAACAGAAUCUUGGCAACAUGCAGUCAUCAAAACAUUACCUUAACUCUUCGAGAGCCUCUACAGUGGCUGAUAUUAUGGGCGUUGGCGAGCGGAUUAGCAAUCGUCCUUCGGAAAAGGGAUCAUCGUUCAAAAUUCAUCAGUGACGGACAUCGUCAGCCAAAAAAAGACAUUUUAAAAUCAUUCA